GUGUGUGAGUGGUUGCAGUGUGACGCAGAAGCGCUGAACGGGCAGAACAUUUCUUCUGUCAAGAUGGCGACAUCGGAGCCGAAAGCACCUGAAACUGAAGAUCAACCGACUGACAGCCAAGUCGUUGCGAAUCCUGAGCAGUAUAUCAAGCACCCCUUGCAAAACAGAUGGGCCCUGUGGUAUUUCAAAAACGACAAGAGCAAAAGCUGGACAGAGAACCUGCGUCUCAUUUCCAAGUUUGACACAGUGGAAGACUUCUGGGCAUUAUACAACCACAUACAACAACCAAGCAAACUUGGCUUUGGCUGCGAUUAUUGUUUAUUUAAGGAUGGGAUCAAGCCGAUGUGGGAGGACGACAGGAACAAACUGGGGGGGCGAUGGCUGAUGACUUUGAAUAAACAACAGAGACACAAUGACCUUGACCGCUACUGGAUGGAGACGCUCUUGUGUUUAGUCGGCGAGUCGUUUGAUGAGGCAAGUGAAGAUGUGUGCGGAGCUGUGGUCAAUGUCAGACCUAAAGGUGACAAAAUAGCCAUCUGGACUAGCAACUGCCAAAACAGGGACGCCAUCAUGACGAUAGGGCAACUUUAUAAAGAGCGUCUGAGCAUCCCCAGCAAAGCCAUGAUUGGCUACCAGUCACAUGACGACACAUCCAGCAAGAGCGGCUCCACCACCAAGAACAUGUACUCCGUUUGAACUCCCCAUUCCCUACCAUUUCAACUUGCUGUAGAUUUAAACAAUUACCAAACUGCAUCAUCACAAUAAUAAUUUUUGAGUUGUCAACUACUGUAGUGUCUUUUUCCUUUUAUUAAAGAUUUGUUCAUAGUGUGUACACUUGGAGCUUCCCCUAACAUGAGAAACUAGUGGGGGGCGAUAGUUAAAACUAUGGAGGAGGCCAGGAAGGUGAAGAGUAUUUGGGCUCAAGAUGUUAUACGUGAGCAAGAGAACACACAUGAUUUGCUUUUAGAGUUGAAGAGUUCUUUCAUUAAUACCAGUGACCUCCCCUAGCUUAGCUAAGAACAAGCUUUUUUUUUUCAGUACUUAAUGGCUUGGAGUUGCUUAAAAAAAAAAAAAACAAAACUUAA